AUGGCGGCUUUUAGUCGGAUGGCAUUCGGACGCGCUUGGAGGCCGUCGCUUCGUGUUCGUGCGACACCGGGUCCCAUGACACGGUUCAAAACUUUGCGAUCGUCCCGCGUUGUAGUUCUCCGAUCGAUCGUUGGCGGCACGCCAAUCGAUAGCGUCCAGCUGUUCUACGGCCCGACAACGAACGACGCCGCGCCGACCGCGUCCGAAGUACCGGUCGCCGGUCGGCUGACGGACGCGCCGUCUCGUCCUUUGUUCUUUCUUUCUUUUGCCCGUGACGCCGGCGAGCCGACGUCUUCCGCUCGUUUUGUCGCACGUCGUUUUCCCGUCGGCUGCGGAACAGAACACUGCCGUAUCAUUACGUCGCGCGCGUCGAUCGCGCAGUUUCACUCGGCGUCGCCGCUGACCGUUAACAAUCGUAACGGUAACGCCGUUAUCGUCGUAUAAAACGACGUUCGCGUAAUUGUCUGUGUCUCGUCUACGAGCGAGUACCAGCCCCCGUCGCCAGUAUCCGAACCAACGAGUUCCGCGUCGCUGGCGAGCGGUUGCCCCGUGUACAUAUUGUUAUUAUUGUUAUUAUAUAUUACGCGAUGGCGCGUUUUGAUAAAUCGUAACGUCUGCGAUGGCGGUCGCCUUUUAACGUUACUGCGCAGAUCGCGGCGGCGGCGGCGGCGACGGUCGUCGUGUAGAACGUCGAUGGACGGCGACGAUCGCGCGCAGGCGCCGGUGUUUAGCAGUCGUUUUUCCCCACUCCCGACCGCCGAACCGUUCACGGCGCGGUUCUUGCGAUUAAUUACACCGAGCGGGUAAUACCCGAUUGAUGCCGCGGUUCCAUGUUGCGUUCUGCGCAACCGCGUUUUCACGGUUAAACGGCGGCGGUUUUGCACUCCGUCCGCGCGCAACUCGCGACGCGCCGUCGUCCGAGCGCGCACUCGCGACGCGCCGUCGUUAUGUUAUUUACCGGACACGCGUGCCGUCGUCCUCUGCGCGACUGCCGUUCGAUGCCGCCCGAUCUCGUUUCCGUCCGCGUGAUCGGGUCGGAUACAGUUUGGGCGUAUCCGAGUUGUAGCCGGACGACCGACCUGACGACCGCGGAACGCCGCGCGUCUCGGGCACGGUCCGAUCGAGCCCGGAGCCCAGGAGCCCCCGGUCCCGGCAGGUGGAUUCUCUAAAAAGUUUUGGUCACAAACUCGGUCGUUAGCGCGAGCGUGACGCUUAGUUCAGUCAUAGGAGAUUUUUGCGGUUCACUAACUAUCGCGGAAUGAAAACAUUUUAACACCGUCAUUUUAGAAUGGCCGAACGCAGUCUUUUGAUUUGCCGUUACUGACAAAGCCGUAUUUUGUGUACAUUGUGUACGACCAGUGGCGGGUCUUGUUACGGUGCACCGCCCGACUAUUUCAGAGACGAGAACAAAAAAGACUGACAAAACCUCGCGCAAUGGGUGCAGUCACUGUUGUCGGUGAGAUGUUGGAAAGGUAGGAUAUAGAGGGUAAACUCGUUUGUAUCUGUGAGCAACGAUAAACCAUUGCUUACUAAAAACGAUUCUGAGCGGAGUUCGGUUGACAGUGAAAUCCUCGGGUCAUUUAUUUCCGAAAACGGUUCGAUCGCAGACGCGCUCCGUCAAAGCGCUACCUAUCUGCCCGAAAUUAUUACACGGGUGUUAUUUCAGUAUUUUGUUGGGGCGUGUGAGGUAUCAAGCUGGCCAUUAUAAAUAUUUCACCAGGCCGCAUAAAAAUAUACAUAUAUAGGUAUUAGGAGAUACCUAUGUACCAUAUAUCAUCCUGCUUUUAAUUAUUUCAAUAGAUUAUGAAUCGCAAUAAAUAUGGUAAAAUGCACACAAUAUGUGUAAAUUGCUAUGUGUAACUUUUGUACAAGUAAACACUAAAAAAAAAAAAAAAAACAAAUUAAUUAUAUUUGUGUAAGAGGAUCAAGUAUAUGUACUGGCGAUUUUUAAGUCUAGCAAAUACAUCGAAAGUUUUUUUUAAAUCGAUAUUAUUCACUUUUUUUUCACCUUUUUUAACCAUAUAUUUUUAGCCGUCCAUGAAAAUGCGUGUAAGUAUGAUUUUACGUUUUAAAAACAAUGGAGAACCCUUUCAUUUGAUGUCAUUGUAACGGCUAAAGUCCAACGUUUCCUUAAUAACAACCGUUGAGGGUUGUUUAACCGAAAAGUUAUCAAACUUUUGACGGUGAUUAAGUUCCUUAUCACUGUUUGUAUUCUGUAGGUGUCAGGCGUAUGUCUGGUAGAUUGAAAUUUUUCAAAAACAAUAUCCAUAAAAAAAACCGAAUAUUUGUUUCAUUAGGUCAGCGGUUCCCAAACUUUCUCAGCCUCGGAGCCUUUUUUAUAAAAAAAGUUUCUCGUGGAGCCCCCAUGAAAUAUUUAACGUUAAUUUUUAUCUGCCUGUGUUCUAUCUUCUAUGAAGUAUAAUAAACACGAAUUGUAUAUAUAUACAAGAGUCAAAAUAAAAUUAUAUUUUUGAAUACANAAAGAACUGCAAAAAAUAUUAUUUAUUAUUUAAAUUUAAAUUUACAAAAUGUCUUAAUGUGAGCAUUUGGUGGCCUGCUUUUUACUACCGAGUUUGUCGAUGUCCGGUGUCACAGAAGUCAAUUGAAGACGCAUAUCGUUUUCUGCAUCCAAACGUGCUCGGUAUUUUGUUUUUGUAGCUGCGUACCACGAAAAUGCCGUUUCACAAAGAUACGUAGUACCAAAAGGCAGUAAAAGCAGUUUAGCUUUUGAACUUGAUAUUGAAUGAUCUUCCCCUGAUCGAGCCCAUAGUUCGGAUAUUGGUUUGCUUUUAAAUAAUGUCUGAUAGCGGGCGGCUAUCCGAAACCAUAUCAAUAAGAACCUCAGGUUGCUAACACACUUUGUUACAUAUCACACACUGAGGACGUCCAUCAGCAAAUUCAGUGAAUCCCAUAUCGAAAUACGACUCGCGAUAUUUUCGUAUUCGGCUUCCUUUCCGAAUAUCUACAUCAGGUAUCGUAGAUUCUAAAGUAGAACUACGCACAACAUGUUCCGUACGUAAUACUGAGGAAUUAUUUUUACUACAAUUAUUGUUAUCUUUCUUCGACUGAGCGACAGUUGUUGGCCGACUCUUUUCGGGUCUUACGGAGCCCGUUUUAAACCGCCGUUCCAUUUCAGCAAAAAUACACCGGGCCGUUCGCACAUACGCGCAAUAAAUAGAUAAAAAAAAUAAAAUAAUCGAAUCGAACAAAAUACACACACGCCCGUCGUUCGUAAAUACGCGCAAUUAACCGAUAAAAAGAACAAUGCGAUUUGAGAAUCGAACCCGGAUUAAACGGCGAAACGCGGUAAACGAAAUAAUGCAUAUUCUAUAAAUAUUUCUAUAACGUAAUAAACAACGGACCGAGUCCCCGGGGAGGGGGGGGGCGGGUCGUUUCGAUUUAUCAUCGUUUCGUAUUAUCUAAAAUUCUAAAAUUAGAUAAUUGUAUACAGUUUUCUUAUCGGUAUUUUACGCAGUGUACAUAUCGGUGAAUCGUGCGUGGCGUCCGAGUCUUCGCGAAUUACGUAUUCGUUUUAAAAUAACGAACGAUUUUGCAAAUUUGUUGCGGUGUUACGAGCCCUCGGUAAGCGAUCGCUGCAUCGGGUAAACGGCCGACUCGAACGGGGGGGCGUUUCGCCGAAUCCGACCGGAAGGACGCAGCGUACGCGUCCGCACGCGGGACGAACGGGCCGAAUUUGUAAGAAGUAUCGCGUCGUAACGAUGCAAUGUACUCGUAUUGUGUAGGUAUUGUUUUCAUCCAAGAGUGCCGUCCUCCUUGUAAUUAAAUGCCGUAGUUAAAUAUUACUUAUUAAUUUUCCCCCGCAUCUGACGUAUCGCAACGCACCCACACGGGUACCGGGAAACAAAUAUCUUUACAAUUAUAAGUUUAAUAUAAUACACGCGUUCCGAGUUUACUGGGGCAACGGAGUUCUGCGCCGCCCCCCCCCUUCCUCCUCCUUCUCCUCCCCCCCCCUCCCGUCACCCAUUGGCCACGUCGUCGUCGUUGUUUAUUAUUAUUAUUAUUAUAUUGUUUUCUUGACGUAUACCUGCCUGCGCAGUACACACACUACGCGCACGACACGAGUAAAUACAUAUAUGUGUGUGUGUGUGUGUGUGUGGCGUUAUCCGUCAUGCCACUCGACGUGCGCAUACAAAUUGGUACAGGGUGACGGCGGGGUCGGGUACCUGUACGCGAACGACGUCGUAAGUUUCGCAAAGUACGAAAGUUCUCCCGCCGGCACGGACGCGACGCUCGACGAUAAAUUCACCUUACACGUUAUCGUGUACAGGGUGUUCCGCCGGGCUCGCUGUUAAACGGCGAAAACGAUAUUACCGAUUUGCGGGUUACCGCGCGAGUGUACGACUGUAAAAGUUACGCGACAUAGGAAAUCGCAAUUGCAGCACCAUAAUAAAAAAAAAAGAAAUGCGUACCUCGGUACAACUUAAAACGGGACGCGUUACAAUAAGAAACUAUUUAUCGGAUACGUUUCUACGCGUGACACGAUAAUACGCACUAUUUUCAGAACAAUAAUAUUGUACUGGCCGUUUCCGUUGCGCGGGCGAUUUUGAUAUUUUUGAAAAACCGACAGACGAAAAAACAUUUUUUUCUUACUAUUAUUAAGGGGCGUGAAAACCGAAAUAAAUAAAAUGUGCUCCCCCUGACACAAAAUCCGAUUGAAAAAUAAAAAAACUGACACCGUUGAUCUGAUGAUGGAUGUGCCACCGUUUUAUAUUGGAGGCAAGUUCGAAUAGAGGAUACACAGAGUAAUUUGAUUUACACGUGUACGUAACGGUAAACCGUUAAUAACGAAAUUCAAUUCUGAACAAAGUAUUAUCAGUCGUAUUUUUUCCCUCGACGCGACCCAGGAAUCAAUACAACGGUUGUACAGACACUCGUCGGUUUUUCCCGUUUAUCAAGAGAGAAACAACAAAGAAAAUCGAAAAAUGAUCUUAUGUUAAAUGCGACAACCGCGCCUCACAAAGAAAUCGGUACCUACGCCGCAGCGUUCGGCCGGAGCGAAAUUUCCGACGGCGUUGACUGGUCCAUAGAGACACGCAGGAAAAAAAAAAUAAAAACCCGCGUACGCGCGUCAUGGGCGCAACCGUUGUACGUUCCUCGCUUCACUGGAAAUCUAAAAUUUCAAUAUUAACAAGAGACUAUUGGGGAAAACGCGGUGAAACGUCCUGCAUAACCCCGUGACAAUACCGCGGGCGCGUAAGCGGGUACGCGAGCACGCCGUAUCAUGGCCGCGCGUUUACCGGCCGUUACGCGCACGACUUUACGUUACAAUCCGAUUUUCUCCCGACAGCCGUCCCGUAAUAAUAACAACGACGACGAUAUUAAAAAAAAAUAUCACGCGGUCCUUUUAUAUAUUUCGUUUUUUUCCCCGAGUCCAAUUUAUUUUUUACGCCCGGAAAAACGCGACCGUUAACGCGCGGUGUUUUCGCCGGCGACCGACUGCGGCGGUUUUCUUACACUUGAGCCGCGCGCACGGUCACUGCCCGCGUUAUUUUAUCGUGCGGUCAUCGGUUUUCUACCGGAACCGCAAUAAUAUAAUUUCCGAACCGAAACACAUUACUGUCGGCUGUAAGGUUAGGUUAGGUUAGGUUAGUUCGCGAGUAGCUGUCGUAGAGUGAACACGUUCCUGUGCGUCGCUCCCGCUGAGUUUUUUUUCGGACAGUCGUCGUCCGGCUGACAUUCCACCUGACCCAGGCGCUGACGGGGCACGGAUGUUUUCAAGACUACCUGCACCGCAGGGGCAGAGCGGCUACCCCCUUGUGUCUGUUGUGCGGUGUGGGAGCGGAAGACACCGUGGAGCACACUCUGCUGGAGUGCGCGUUCUGGGAGCAGGAGAGGUCCGUCCUGGCGCGGUCCGCCCGGGUCGGGACCGUCGGAGUCGCCGAUAUGACUGAAAUGGUGUGCGGUCCCGAUCCGGCACUGCUGCCCGAAGAUGAUCCCGGGAGGAGGAAAAGGAUUUUGGCAGCCGCCCAGUCCGUGACGGACGCCUUCCUGACGUUCGUUGAAGCGGUCCUGGGCAGGAAGGAGGCGCUCGAGCGUGACCGCCAACGGGCAGAAAGAAGGAGGAGGAGGCCGGAACGAGUGGUCUAGAGCGGCGGUCGGUCGGUUGACGGCUCGUGAAGAGGGUGAAGGUUCUAUCACACUUGAACAUAUAUAUUGUAUAAUUUUAUUUUAAUACUGUGAGCCCACCCCCCCGCGUAAGGGGGUUACGGGAUUUUUGGUUUCAUUAAUUGUAUGAAAUUGUAGUUGAUUUAUUUAAUAAACGAUGUGGCUGGAGGGGCAGUAAUGCGCUAAGCAGGGCCCCCUCCUGCUGCGAUACCACUAAAAAAAAAAANAGGUUAGGUUAUGUUCGGCGGUUGAGGCUGACCCGUGGGGGCUCCCGUAUAGGGUAGUCACCAAGAAGAUUAGGCGGCAGCCAGGGCUAGAAGCGCGUGGUAGGGAGCUAGGAAUUGCCGACCAGCUUUUCCCAUUGAACCACGUAGUUGAUUGGUCGAGGGUCGAUCUCACCACGUUGAGAGGUGAUUCAGCUAGCGUCACCAGCCAUCCAAGUGACUGGUUUUCGGAAGAAGAGUUUAGAUCAGCAAUCUGCCGAAUCCCUAGUGGUAAAGCCCCGGGUCCUGAUGGAAUUCCGAACGAGGUUCUUCGACAAGUUUCCUGCCUCAAGCCUUCGCUACUCCAGGGGGUGUUCAAUUUAUGCCUGAGGAGUAAGGUAUUCCCCUCCAUCUGGAAGAGAGCCAAACUCGUAUUGCUGCAUAAAGGGCCUGGAAAACCAACAAGCGAGGCAUCGAGCUUCAGGCCUCUGAGCCUGCUCAACGCGGCAGGCAAGUUAUUCGAGAGGUUAAUCCUGGGGCGACUGGUAGUCCAUCUUAAUACCCCGGGACUGGGACUGAACCAGAGACAGUUUGGCUUCAGGAGGGGACGCUCUACUGUGGGAGCCAUCUCAAGAGUGUUGGGAAUAGCUAGGGAAGCAGCGAGAGGUGCAGUACAAAAUAGGCACCUGUGCGCGAUGGUCUCUCUGGACGUCAGAAAUGCCUUUAAUUCGGCGCCAUGGGAGAAGAUAGAUGGUGCUCUCCGCAGGAAGCAGGUACCUAGGUACCUAGUUGAGCUCAUUAGGUCAUACCUGUCCGAUAGGAUGAUUGUUGUCGGUGAGCGGAGGGUUUUUAAGGAAGUGACGUGUGGUGUUCCGCAGGGGUCGGUCCUUGGUCCGACACUGUGGAAUGUUUUCUAUGACUCGCUUCUGGAUCUGGAGAUGCCAUCUGGAAUCGAGUUGGUGGCGUUUGCUGACGAUGUGGCGGUAGUGGGGGUGGCGCACACCGGAGAGCUGCUCGCCCAGAUCCUGAACCCAGCCCUUGAUAGGGUUGCUCGUUGGAUGCGGGAUAACGGGCUUAAGCUUGCUGCGCACAAGACGGUCGCGGUGCUUCUGACUAAGAAAAAUGUGUACACCCUUCCGGAACUACUCAUUGAGGGCCAGCCGGUUGAGUUCAGUCGGUCGGUCAGGUACCUAGGUGUAGAAAUUGACCAGAGGCUCACGUUCACGGGACAUGUAGGAAGGGUUGCGAAGGCGGCGGCGGAAACGGCUAUGGCCAUCUGUCGGCUGAUGCCGAACGUUGGCGGGCCGAGUGCGGCUAAAAGAAGACUCCUGGGAACGGUGGUGCAGAGUAAGCUGCUGUACGCCGCUCCGAUUUGGGCCGACACUGCGUUUUCCAGCGAGAGGAAUAGAGGCGUAGCAAAUCGCCAACAACGCAGGGUGGCCCUGAGGGUUAUUCGGGCCUACAGAACAGUUUCUGACCAGGCAGCUAUGGUGCUUGCGGAGCUGCCCCCAAUAGAUCUGUUGGCUUCUGAGCGCGGACGGGUAGCGAUCGCUCUAAGUAAGGACGCAAUUGGAAUGGACGUAAGGACGAUCAAGGCUGCAGAAAGGGGGGUUACAAUCUCUGAAUGGGGUGCUCGCUGGCAGCGGACGGAGAAAGCAGCAUGGACCAGGUACCUGAUUCCGGACCUAGCGGGGUGGCUGACUAGGGUCAUCAAGGUUACCCCUACCUACCACUUAACCCAGGUGCUGACGGGCCAUGGCUGUUUCCAGGCGUACCUAUACCGGAUGGGGCUGGCGGGCAGCCCGGAGUGUCUGCUCUGUGGACAUGUUGAGGACUCGGUUGAGCACACCAUUGUGGACUGCCCUUACUGGAAUAACGAAAGGGUACCGGUAUUGAGGAUGAUCAAUGGCGGGCAACUCAGCGUUAACCUCAUUAGUAAGAUUAUCUGUGGACCUUCAAGAGUAGACCUUCCACCUCAAGGGGGUGUUCAGAUAGUGAGGGCAGCGCAGGCAUUAUGUGACUGCUUUGUGGAUAUGUGCCACUCCAUUAUGCUGGAAAAGGAGAAGCUGGAGAGGGGACGCCAGGCAGAAGAACGGACCGCAGUGAUCUAG